UUGUUUUUUUGUUUAGUUUUGUUUUUUCUGUUUUUCCUCUUAAAGAAUUGCCACUUGCAAGCCUGGGAUAGCAGCAUCUCAUCGACGCCUAGUUUUGUAGUUUAGAGUUUACUGUGAUUAAUUUUUGAGGGCCCGCUUGCCCGCAGAGAGACAUGAAAACUGUGACAUUAAUCUUGGGGCUGAACACUUUGUGGGUUUGGGCGCUCUCUUCCUUUUCCAGUUCUGUGGCGGUCAAUAACAGCGGUAGAUGGUGGGGAAUUGUGAAUGUUGCUUCUUCAACCAACCUACUGACAGACACGAAAAAUGUACAGCUGGUUUUGGACCCCAGUCUGCAGCUACUGAGUCGAAAGCAGAGGAAGCUGAUUCGCCAGAACCCUGGAAUCCUGCACAGCAUUACCAGUGGCCUGCAAACAGCCAUGAAGGAGUGCAAGUGGCAGUUCAGGAACCGAAGGUGGAACUGUCCCACCACACAGAGCCCCAACGUCUUUGGGAAAAUUGUGAACAGAGGCUGCAGAGAAACAGCAUUUAUAUUUGCUAUUACAAGUGCAGGAGUGACCCAUUCUGUGGCCCGCUCCUGUUCAGAAGGCUCAAUUGAAUCUUGCACCUGUGACUACCGUCGGAGGGGACCAGGUGGUCCUGACUGGCACUGGGGAGGCUGCAGUGACAAUAUAGACUUUGGGAGAGUCUUUGGUCGAGAGUUUGUAGAUUCCAGUGAGAGAGGAAGAGAUCUGAGAUACCUAAUGAACCUGCACAACAAUGAAGCUGGCAGAAUGACAGUUUUUUCAGAGAUGAGGCAGGAAUGUAAGUGUCAUGGCAUGUCUGGCUCUUGCACUGUGAAGACCUGUUGGAUGAGGUUGCCUGCUUUUCGUACAGUUGGGGACUUUCUCAAGGACCGAUUUGAUGGAGCCUCAAGAGUCAUCUAUGGUAACAAAGGCAGCAACAGAGCAUCCAGAGCAGACAUUCGACACCUCGAACCUGAAAAUCCCACUCACAAACCACCUUCACCUCAGGAUUUGGUAUACUUCGAGAAGUCACCCAACUUCUGUACAUACAGUGGUAAAACAGGAACAGUGGGCACAUCUGGACGCUUCUGCAACCAUUCUUCACCAGCAUUAGAUGGCUGCGAGCUGCUAUGUUGUGGACGUGGCUAUCGGACCCGAGCAGAGAGAGUCACUGAGAGGUGUAACUGCACCUUCCACUGGUGUUGUCAUGUGAGCUGUUUAAACUGCAGCAGCAUGCAGGUGUUACAUGAGUGUCUGUGACACCAUCUGGGGGUAUAAAGGGAAAACUAUAAGAGACUGUGUCAAACCAAAAGAUGUACAGAGAACAUACGUGAAAGAAGAUUUAUAAAAAGCCUUUUCACUCUGUUCUAGUACAAAUAAAAUAGGCAGCUGUGAUAUGCAAAACAUUCACCAACUGGAGAAGGAAAGAAUGGAAGGCCCUCAGAUAGAAACCGAAGGUAGGAUUCUAGUUUCCCCGCCUAAGCAUCUAACAAAACAACGAAAACUGCAGAAGAAAGGAGUAAUUUUACUUCUAGAUUAGGCUUUAAAACACAGAGCAUCUGACAGUGAUAUGUGCAUUGUGCUUACAGGGAAACAUACGAUUGAAGUCAGACAUGGCAAAAAUCAGAAACAUCAUUACCUUUCUAAAGGUUUCAUAUGGUGCUAAUAAACAAGUCAAAAAGACAUAAUUCUAGGUCACUGCAUGCUUUAGGUAAGACAAAAGGCAGAAGGCAAAGCUCAAUUCCUUAUACCAUUGUUGAAGUGCAUUCAGUGUAAUUUGAGUACAUUGUGCACAACAUUGCAAAAUGAGCAAAUGAUGUACUGUUACUUUAAGGCACUGCACUUCAAAAUGUUAGAUGAUCCCUUCUUUACAAAAUUCACUACUUAUGGGUUUGCACAGGGAACAGCAGGAGGUUUUGUAAGCAUUUACAUCCAAAAGGAGGUUUUGUGAAUGUAGGUUUCACAGCAACAAGGGAGCCUUGGAUUAUUUAGUUAAAGUACUGAUGAAGGAGAUCAAAGCAGUCCAAGUGGAAGCCCAUAGAGGCCAUGUGAUAUAACCAUCACACUUAUGAAGGAUAUUACUGAGCCCAAGAACUGCCAUGUAACAGUAUUAUGAUCGUAUCAUGAUGAUAUUCCUGUUAAGGGAUCCCUACCAUAUUAAAUGCUGUUCAAUUUCCAUAACUUGGGUUUUCAUUCAGUGUAACACUAUCUGAAUUCUGCACCUCCCAUUUUAAAGUUGUAUACUGAUUUUAUCUCACAUAUGCUUAUAUUUCACUCAAAGUAAUCAUCAGAGACAUAUAUUUUGCCUUUUUAUAACUUGAAAGACAGAUUUCUACUGACUACAGCUAAGCACUUCAUAUAUAAACAAACGUCUUCAUUAGUACACCAUAAACAUUCCACAGUGCCCUCCAAUACUGUGUCUCACUGCCCUUCCAGAGAGCAAAAAUCAGUGCUCAUUUUCUGGUUUUGAUCCUCACAGCACAAUCUUGUUCUUAACUGACAAGUAGGUGUGGCUAAGUAUCAAUUACCUGUUUAAUGACCUGUCAUUUUUUAAACAUUUCCCUCACCCAUUUUUUUUUUAUUAUUAUUUUCGUUCUCACUGCAGCUGUCUGUCUGUCAUCAGAUGUAUUCCAGAACCUUCCUUGAUCAUCCUUCUCACUCUUCCUGAUAACUUUUGACCAGAACCCUGAUAGCAGAGAUAUUCUUAAUGUAUGUAGUCAAGGGAAGUGACAAAAAGGAAAUCAGGGCAUCGUAAUGCACUGCCCACUGACCCUCAUAUUUUUUGGUGUACAUUAUAUAUAUAUAUAUAUAUAUAUACACACACACACACACACACACACACACAC